CUCUCUCUCUCUCUCUCUCUCUCUCUCUCUCUCUCUCUCCCGGUCGAUCCCGAGGGAACCGCUCCCUUGUGCUUUGGGGCAAUCAAUUUCUCUGAUCGGGAAGCUUCCCAACUAUGGCGUUGGUGAUGGCAGCAAGCACGUCCAUAGCUGCGGUGGCUGUUACGCAGCCUCGGUGCACUCCUGAACGUCUAACCUCUGUGGGAGAUGAGCCAGCUGGAUGCUUGCAGAAUCUGGGGGUGUCAGCAGCCCCCAGCAAGUCUGGAAUGAGCUGCAGGAGUAGCAGCACUUUCCUGGGCGAACGACUCCUUCCCAGCAGUUGCAGCGGGAGGAGGGAUCGUCAUUCGUACCCUGGCAGCCACUUCGGUGUGUUCAGGGAAAAGUCAUCCGCAUCUACAUCCCACUCUGCACCAACUGAGCCGUGGAAGCACAGAGAAGCGGGGGGUGUUAGGAGAGUGGUUACUGCUGAGAUGAGCCCGAGUGCAGCGGCUGCUUUCAGCGGCACUCCUGUUCGAAAGACCAGCAUCUUGGUUGUUGGUGCGACUGGUACGUUAGGCCGGCAGAUCGUGCGCCGAGCAUUGGAUGAAGGCUACGAUGUCCGGUGCCUCGUACGGACACGGCAAACACCAGCAGACUUCCUACGAGACUGGGGAGCCACCACAGUGAGUGGGGACCUCAGCAAGCCAGAGACUUUGGCACCGGCGCUUGUGGGAAUUCACACAGUCAUCGACUGUGCCACUGGUCGGCCGGAAGAACCCAUACGCACUGUGGACUGGGAUGGGAAGGUGGCUCUCAUCCAGUGUGCGAAGGCUAUGGGUAUUCAGCGGUUCAUCUUCUUCUCGAUUCACAAUUGUGACAAGCAUCCUGAGGUGCCGUUGAUGGAGAUCAAACGCUGUACGGAGAAGUACUUGGCACAGUCUGGCCUACAGUACAGCGUCCUUAGACUGUGUGGAUUUAUGCAAGGGUUGAUUGGUCAGUAUGCUGUCCCUAUUCUCGAAGAGAAGUCGGUGUGGGGCACGGAUGCCUCCACGAGAGUGUCAUACAUGGACACGCAAGACAUUGCGCGGAUGACGAUGUCUGCAUUGCGGUCUGAGAAGACAGUGGGGAAGACGCUCACGCUGGCGGGACCCAGGGCGUGGACCACCCAGGAGGUCAUUGCCCUCUGCGAGAGACUGGCCGGCCAAGAUGCCAAGGUCACAACCGUACCCGUGUCCAUCCUGAAGAUUACCCGACAACUUAUCCGGUUGUUCCAAUGGUCCAGAGAUGCCGCCGACCGCCUGGCAUUCUCUGAGGUCCUGUCCAGCGAUGCUGUCUUCUCGGCACCGAUGGGCGAUGUGUACAGCCUGCUGAACAUGGACCCGAAUGAAACGACUACCCUGGAGGCAUAUUUGAGGGAGUACUAUCAGCAGAUCCUCAAGAAACUAAAGGACCUCAAGGCAUCCAGCAAGCAGGGAGACUUCUACAUCUGAAUGAAUGUCUUCAGGGUCCUUGCCGAGUCUCGCCCGUGUUCCCUGUCCUAACCGAACUCCUUCCCCUGCUUGAAGCUACAGCUUUGCUCCACACCACCACACACGGCCACUCCCACAAGUGUCCGGUAGUCUUAGGCCAUACUCACACUAGAACUGUUCCUGUUAAGCUCUGGACAGCGUUGGGCCCAGAUUCAUCCAGGUCUGGCCGUAAUCGUAGUCAGAUACCUUGAGGAAAGUGCUAGUGUCAGUAUGCCCUUAAACUACAACUUGCACGAUUAUUAUACCGUGAACUGGCUUCUUUUGCUCAAUUUGGCUCAGAUCUCCACACAGACAAAAGCACAUUGUACUCUUUUUCCUUCUCCCCCCUCCCCCUCCCCCUCCCCCCCCCCAUCUGUACAUUGUCUUGUAUCCGAUUGUUUAUGGUGGUCGUUUCUUCGCAACACACAUGCUCUGUUACUGAAGACAGGGUCUCUCUCUUAAGCUGCUGUUGGCGUUGCUGUGCUGCCAACUGGAUUCUGGGAGAGGGGGUUUAUCGCCCAGCCAUGCCAGUGGCUGAUGCGCACGUGGAAUAGGACAGGUGAUAGGUGUGCAGUAUCGACGUGGAAUAGGACAGGUGAUAGGUGUGCAGUAUCGACCUUCUGGGAACAGAUUCAGAGUCCUCGUAUUGUGUGUGCAACUUGUAGAGGGUGUGGACUUUAGACGGCUCCUUUGGCCUGGUGCUCGCUGGGGUUCAUGGGGCAAAUGGGAGAGAACCUGUGUGUUUUGGGCAGUACUGCUUUGGCCGGCACACAGACGCACCUGGCUCACACAGCGGCUACGGAUGCAUGCUGUUUGGAUGUCAGAAACUGUCUUCAAAUUCACUGGCAGAGCUGCCCCCUCCGGUUGCAUGUGGAGAUGAUGCCCAUUUUGAGGUGGGUGUCAUGCUUGGUAAUUCAUUGUCGUUCAUUCCUUUUGUGGUCUUACACAACAGCCUGACGGCUGCCUUGAUUAUGCGCCUCGCUCCACUACACAACACUCUACAUGCAUUUGGACGCUUUCUGGACCAGGCGCGUCCGGACGAGCUCAACGGUCAGAACGUAUUGGGUGGAGAAAGUAGUCCAAAUGCAUGUAGAGUGUUCUUAGUGGAUUGAGAGCGUAUGUAACAUGAAGGUGGCCCUUUCGUGCUGGAGCUUUGUUGUGCAGGAGACAGCAAGCGUCUAGGGGUGUGUAGGGGUGUGUAGGGGUGUGUCUGGGCACUUCCAGCUCCUUGGGGACCAUUUAGCAGCAUCUUGUGAGAACACAUGCAAACCCUCUUGCGUGGGUGCAUGACCACACGUGACGUCACACACACGAGAAUGCUAGAGUCAGGUGGAGAUACAGCUGCAUAGAGAACUCAACCGACAAAGAUGGGAUUUUGACAAAAUCCAUCAACUUCAAAGUCAGGUCAGUAUUUCAAAGACACACCCUGUUGAAAAUACGGACCUGAGUUCGAAUCCCGAUGCAUGACGAUGGUGGAGAUACAGCUGCAUAGAGAACUCAACCGACAGACAAGACGGGCAAGAUGAAUCUGUCCCGUCUGGUGAGGGAGGUGGAUGUGGGUCCAACAGAGACCAGUGAUGAAGGUGAAUCUGACCGCUGUCGACUUGGGAACAACUGCACCUUCAACUGUCUCAGUUACAGCCAGCAGAGACCGAUGAUGAAGGCCAACCUCAACAGCUCGUUGAGACCCAAAUUUAACACUGUAGGAAUUGAGUGCUUGCCUGGUCAGAAACAGUCAUUGCCUCCACUGUACAAUUAUACGAAUGUAUCUCUUCGUAUUUGUUUCUUAUGGGUUGUGUCUGUGCUUGAUGUUUAGGCCAAGCAAUAUUUAGUGAUGAGCCAAUAGCUUCAGAUCACUGACUGAG